AUGCCAGGAACCAAACGCCAACUUGAUAACAUUGAGAAUUUCGCAAGAAAAAAUGCCACAUUCCUUGCUGCCCAACAAAACCCGAAACCCGAAAAGGGUAGUUGGAAGUGUAAAGACUGCACCAAUGAGUAUGAUACAUUUCAGGCGUUAGGCGGCCAUCGUGCGGCCGCCCACAAGUUUGGUACUUUACUAGAGACGGGCGAGGCGGGCCCGUCUUUAAAAAUCUUUUCCAAUCGCAAACUGCAUUACUGUAACGUUUGUGGGAAAGGGUUUCUUAUUGGGCAGGCAUUGGGUGGUCACAUGAGGAUCCAUUUUUCGAAGAAAAUAUGUCGUCGUAAAGUCGGGAAUUCUGCCAAGAUUGAGUCUUUUGGGCAUCUUGAUUCUGUUUCUUGUUCAAAGAUUGAGAAUGUGGGAACUAGUUUGAAGAAAGUUUUGAAAUUUGAUUUGAAUUUUACGCCUGAAGAGAAUGAGUCGAAAAAUGAUGUUAACAGGUUGGAGCAAGAUUCUUGA